CCUGGUCAUAAGCUGUUCCAACGUACACCCCGUAGAUAUCGCAGUCUGUGUUUACCACCCACUGUAAAUGCCUUCAGGGAGACAGUUCCAAUCAAACAAUGGAGACUGAGACACAGAGACUCAACCUGAAGAGGGAACUGGGGCUUAUAGGGGCUGUGUCAUUCAUUGCUGGAACCAUUAUAGGAUCUGGGAUUUUUAUAACUCCCCAGUUUGUGCUGUCUGCUAUUGGGAGCCCUGGAGCCAGCCUUGUUAUAUGGACCUGCUGUGGCAUGAUAGUCAUGCUGGCGGGACUCUGCUAUGCUGAACUGGGCACAGUCAUACCAGAGUCUGGAGGAGAGUUUAUGUACCUCCUGCGAACAUCAGGAAAAGUGGUGGCUUUUAUGUUUGUCUUCAGCUUCAUCCUUGUCAUGAGACCUGCAAAUUCCACAGGAAUCGCGUUGAGCUUUGCUGAAUAUGUCGUGGCCCCCUUUUACAGCGGCUGCACCCCUCCACAGCUGGUGUUGAAGUUGGUUGCUGCAAUAGCUAUCAUAGUGCUGUCCGUGGUGAACUGUAUGAGCGUCCGCUUGGCCACCACCAUCCAGGUGAUUUCCAUGGUUGUGAAAUUGCUGGCGAUGGCUGUGAUCGUGUUGGGAGGUAUUGUGAAGCUUUUCCAAGGACACACUGAGAACUUUAAUAACUCCUUUGAGGGAACAAAUGUUGAUGCCAAUUCCAUUGGCAUUGCUUUCUAUCAGGGCCUGUGGUCUUUUGGUGGAUGGAACACUUUGAAUUAUGUAACCGAGGAGCUGAAACAUCCAGAAGUAAGUACUGUUCUCUGUUUCUAACAAUAAACUUUAUCGUUAAAGACUUUAAUUUAGAAGGUCAACUGGUGGUUAACUAUAGAUUGUAAAGAUUGAGUGAUAAACCAAAGGGCGAGAGGUAAUAUACUUUCUUAUGCAAUUAGCAAUGCAGUCUGGGUCAGAUUACAUGACAGAUACCAUUCCACUAAGAUACCAGAAUUGAUAUUUUGUCAUAAUGAAUCAUCCAAAAAGAAUUAUAUACAGUCACUUAAGAGCUUGAUGCAAUCUUGUUAAUUUCACAUAACACACAUUUGUGCAUUACAAAUUAUGUGAUUCUCAAUUCUCUCCUUUUUUCAUGUUUUUCAUGUCCUCUUUUACAACAUACUUAACUUAUAUUAUCUUAGAUUUAGUCAUCUAUUGAUCAUUAUUGUUAUUAUUAUUUAUCUAUCUAUAUAUUUAUUUAUUUUUACUUUUUGGGGUGGGGAUUCUGUUCUGAGUGUUCC